AGUACUAUUUUAUAAUCAGGCAAGCCAAGUUGAGUCGUGUUCUGUUCAGUUCUGUUCUGUUCUCCUCGCUCUCUCACACAGCCCAGUGUUCUGUGAUCUACGAUCUACGAACUGCGAACUGCGAACUGCGAUCUGCGGUCUGCGAUCAGUCGUGCCAUCGUCGCGUGCUCGACAACAGCAAACAAAUAGAUACUUACACUUGACUCGCGUUCUACUCAGUUACAUAGAUACAUACAUAUGUACUAUAUGAAUGUAUAUCUCGUGUGCCCACAAUCAACUGAAUACAUAUUCGAUUAACCGAAAGGGUUCAACACUUAUGCAUUUUUAUGCAAAUUUUGGUCAGGCUGCACUUAAUUUCAUGCACUAAGUUACGAUCAAAGCGUCGAAUUACUUGCUAGUUGGCAUAGUUGGGCCCAAGUCUAACUGAAACCCAUAUCUGGUAAAGCGACCCGUCCGUGUGUACGGGCCUAGGGUAAUAUCCACACACACAGAGUCACAAUGACGCGACCCAAGCAGGAUGCGAACAAAUUCAAAAGCUUUUUGCAGGAGAAUGUGCUCACAAUGGCCACCGUGAUCGGUGUGUUUGCGGGCGGUCUCGUUGGCUUCAUUAUCAAGAACAGCACCGGCGAGUGGACAAAGCGUGAGAUAAUGUAUAUAUCAUUUCCGGGCGAGAUAUUUUUGCGCAUGCUCAAGUGUCUCAUAGUGCCCUUGCUGGUAUCAUCCAUAACAAGUGCUAUUGGUGGACUGGAUCUGAGCAUGUCCAGCAAAAUAGCGACGAGAGCCAUCACAUACUACUUUGUCACGACCAUUUCGGCAGUUAUUUUGGGCAUCUGUUUAGUCACAACCAUAAGGCCCGGCCAGGGUGCCAAAAUUGUGGAAACUCGCACGGAGACCAUUGAUAAGGCAUCAAAAGUGUUGACGCCAGAUACAUUAAUGGAUUUAGUGAGAAAUAUGUUCACCGACAACAUCAUACAGUCGACCAUGUUUCAGCACCGCACGGAGAUAUUUGAAAACACCAGUAUUUCUCCAGCACAGCCCAUGGAGAAUUGGGAGUUUAAGUCUGCACAGCGAGAGGGUUCCAAUGUGCUGGGUCUGGUCAUGUUCAGCGUAAUUCUGGGCACAACAAUUGGUCGAAUGCGGGAGAAGGGUCAGCUGCUGCAGGACUUCUUUACAACACUCAGUGAGGCAAUGAUGACCAUAACAUCAUGGGUAAUUUGGAUAUCCCCGCUGGGCGUUGCCUUUUUGAUAGCCGCCAAGAUCAUUGAGAUGGAGUCCAUAGCCGCAACAAUACAAUCUUUGGGCUGGUAUUUCAUAACGGUCAUGAUAGGUCUCUUCCUUCACGGCUUUGGCACAAUUGCGGUAAUAUUCUUUUUGGGCACGCGUCGUAUGCCAUAUCGCUUCAUAGCCAAACUGAGUCAGGUGUUGGCCACUGCCUUUGGCACCGGCUCCAGUUCGGCCACGAUGCCGUUAACCAUCAAAUGCCUGGACAACAUGGGCAUCGAUCCACGAGUCACACGCUUUGUCAUACCAGUGGGCGCCACGAUCAACAUGGACGGCACCGCCCUAUAUGAGGCCGUUGCUGCUCUCUUCAUUGCCCAGUAUCGUGAGAUGAGCUACUCGUUCGGCACCAUUGUGGCGGUGAGCAUAACGGCGACGGCGGCUUCAAUUGGUGCAGCGGGCAUACCGCAGGCGGGUCUGGUUACAAUGGUCAUGGUACUGGACACGGUUGGCCUGGAGCCCAAGGAUGUCUCACUGAUCAUCGCUGUCGAUUGGCUGCUGGAUCGAUUCCGGACCACCAUCAACGUCAUGUGUGACGCACUGGGCACUAUUCUGGUUAAUCAUCUGUCCAAGAACGAUUUGGCAAGCGUAGAUCGUCUAAACGCCGAGCCCCAUGAGCUGCUCGAGCUUGGCCCGAAUGGACAUGAGAUGAAAGAAUGAAGGCAGUCUUCGCUUGGCGCCUAUAACCGCAAGCGAUGAGUGAUGGAGGACGAGCAGGAGCACGAUGACGAGAAUCGAGUGGAGAAUGAUUUUGGGGUUUCUCGUUAUCGUAAGCUGGCCUCAUCAUUCGGUUUGCGGCUGAAAGCAGCCAAGACACAUUCAAUUUCAAGCAAUUUGGAACAGUUGUGAAAACUGUCAAUGGAGACGAGAAUUUAUUAAAUCGAUUGUCUUCAAUUGGACAUUCGACAAAAAUCAAGAAAGCUAAAAAGAAGAUUGGAUAUUAUUAUUUCAUUUAACAUAUUAAUUAUCAUACAUCAUGAUGUAAAUAAUUAUGAAUAUAAUUAAAUUGAAUUCAGUUCAAAUUGAUGUCACAUUUUCAUACUUAGUAUUAAAAACAAAGAAAACAUUGUUACAAACGCCUAAGAAACGCACAGAUAUCGUUCUAGCAAUUAUUCCAUAAUUAUCAAAUAGUCAAUUUCAACAGUUAAUAGCUAUUGUUACUGCACUCGUAACGAGCUUCACAAAAUAUAAUGAACAAAGGAAGAAAAUCCCAAACUAGAAAUUUGUAAAAAUAACGAAACGUUAUUAGCAAGUUUUGUGUUCAAAAUAACUAGAUUUAAAAAAUAAUUAAACAAGAAAAAAAUUUGAGUUAGUUUGCUAAAAUUUAAAAGUUGUAAUAAUAUAACAUACAAUUCCAAUGCCGUUAAAAGUUCUGGUUCAAAAUUGAGCUUUGUAAAUACUUAAUAGUUUAAGUAUAAUUAAAAAUUAUAUAAACGAAUUAAGAAACAAUUUCCAAUCAUCAAACAGCGAAUAUUCAAUGACAAUAAUAAGCUCUGCGAAAGCUCAAAAUAAAUGUCAACAAAGUUAUACGUAAAAAUAAAACAAAAAUAAUAAGUAGUAAUAUUAUUUAUUACAUGUUGUUAAUUAAAUUAAGUAAUCGCCUUUGAACAGAAAUGCAACGAAAUAAUUCGCCAAAAAUAGGAAUUUUCAUUAACAUCCAUUAGGCGAGACAAAACAUAUAAAAGCAUGGCAAAUUAAUUAAAUAUUACUUAUGUCUAAAUACAUAAGCCGUUUCUAGAUGUGUGUAGCCUAAAUGUUUACAAAUAAAUUUUUUGAAUCUGUA